GUUAAUGGAAGACGACAAAGUGAGGAUUUCCAAGAAAUGGCUUCAACAACUAUCAAAAGGUGCUGGUAGCCCAGUGGAUGUCUUGACUUCUCAGAGCUUAAAAGUUAUUCAUGCACAAAAGGGUCUCAUGCGCUGCCGUUUCGUCGUUUCAGAAAAAUUAGCGGAUGGCAAUGGAAAUUGGCAUGUUGGAGCCAUGGCCACCUUAAUAGACAAUAUUGCAGGAGCUACCGUACACUCAUUUGCUGGCAAAAUUAGACCAACUCUCGAUUUCAGCAUGUCAUAUUAUUCGUCUGCGAAAAUUCAAGAAGAAGUAGAGAUAGAGGCAAAGGUAGUUGCAGAGAAGGGAAAGCUAACAUCUGUGUUGAUAGAGAUGAGGAACAAGGAAAAUGGACAAGUAAUUGGUAUAGGGAAGCAAUGGACGGCUUCAAACGAUAAUGCAGGUAGAGGAAGUGAGUUUUGGACGGCUAUAAACAGCAACAAGGUUGGCCAAGCAAGAAGUAAGCUUUGAUGGAGCUGCAUCUAAUUACACCAGCUAAUCCUACAAAUUUCAAGAGGGUUUGAUCGAGCUUGUUGAAAAUUGUCAUGCUCAUUGCUUUACGUCUUGUAUUGUUAAAUUGGAGUUGGAGGGCGUUGACUAAUGGCAUAGUUGACUCGGACAUGCGUGACAUAAUAUAACAUGAAAUCUGCCGCGAAUAAUGUUGACUCUCUAUUAGUCAACGAUUAAUAAAGUUUAUGAUUGGCUCGGUUCUUUGUUGAUGAUAUAAUAAGAAAUUAA